AUGAAAGCCAGAUUUCAAGAGGAGGCCUAUUGUUGCCCAAUCAAUGUUGGGAAAAAUUGGGGUGGAAAAACCUGCAAUGCAGAAGCUGCUGAGAGAUAUGCAGAAGUGACUGAGCCAUCCAUUCUGGUGACUGACUCAAACACCAUCCAUGUUUGGUAUUUGCUGGAUGCUCUCAGCCCAAAAAGAAGGGCUGACAUAUGGAACUGCCUUCAUCUUCUGAGGGAACCACUGUGGGAGAGCAUAAAGGGUUCCCCACAGGCAUGGCAGACAGACAAGUCAUAUUUCCACAAUAAUGCUGAGUUGAAAGGCACCAUCAACCUGUCACCCACAUGGUUUCAACAGGGUCAUGGGCCCCAAAAUGGCUUCCUGGAAGCCUCAUGGCUGCUCAAAUCCAGGACAGAAAACACUUCUACAAGGGAAUGGGUUGACCAAAUGUCUGACACCAAUGCCCUGUUAUCUGCAAUCCUGCAUGUGGAAUGGCAGGUGGAUUCAGAUAUGAGCUCCAUGUAUAGCAGCAUGUCUGUGAUGGUGAAUUGGGCAACUUGUUACCACAGGGAUAUCAAUGGAUGGGAUCCAUGGUAUGACAUGCUGGUAACCAUGGGUGACUACCUGCCCUUGGACUUUGUCAUUCCAACAUUGAAUCUGUGGCUGUGCUACAACCCAGGGAUGAUCAUUGCAUUUUCAGGUUCAGCAUUGGAGCAUGGGGUGGGAGCUGUAGACAGUGACAGAGCAUGCCUGGUGUACUACAUGUGUGCCAAUGUACAUCAGUCAGUGCAUGUUCCUGAUAUGCUGGCUCUCGAACUUCAGAUGGGUGGUGUUGCCAAGAUUUUGCAAAUGGGCAGGUGCUUUGACAUCAUAGAUUGGGUGGGUACUCAGAGCUAA